UCUCGAACAUUCUCGAAUAUUAUAUCAGAGAAGGUAGAACAUUAACAAGCAGAGGGUAUAAAUAAAAGUACUGAUAGACCAACGGAAGUUUUAUACCUUAUUUGGUCAUCAUACACUCGGCAGCAUGUCAUCUUUGUUGUCCUGCUACAAUCGAGGUUGUGGUCAAAAAUUUGACCCACAAAAGAAUGCCCCUGACUCCUGUGUUCAUCAUCCCGGCGUGCCAGUCUUUCAUGACGCAUACAAAGGCUGGAGCUGCUGCAGCAAGAAGAGUGUCGAUUUCACCGAGUUUCUAAAUAUAAAAGGUUGCACACGCGGACUCCAUUCGAAUGAAAAACCACCUGAGCCGGAAAAACGGAAGGAUGAAGCGGCUGCACAGGAAGAGGCAGAACCAGUUGAGGUUAAAAUUCGUGAACCCAUCCGGCCAAGCAUGCAGCGACCUCCGUUCGAAACGGAACUCAAAACAGUGGACCCUUGGGUUGCGCCUGCUUUCCGGAAGCAAAUUGAUGAAAUGCCACCGGUGAUCGCGCAGAAGAAAACCCCUUCGGAACUAGCAAUGAUGCAGCCUGGAACGGUGUGCAAACACGGUGGAUGCAACGUUACUUACGAAGAUGCCACCGAGAAGAAGCAAGAAUGCGUUUACCAUCCCGGAGUACCGAUCUUUCACGAGGGCAUGAAGUUCUGGUCCUGCUGCCAGCGUAGAACGUCCGAUUUUACAGCGUUCAUGAACCAAGCCGGAUGUGAAACAGGCAAACAUUUGUGGUCCAGUGUAGAGGAUGAAUCGAAAGCCAUCAAGUGCCGUUUGGAUUGGCAUCAAACGGCAACCACGGUGGUGGUCACUGUUUUCGCCAAAAACUAUCAUUAUGCCAAGAGCUUUGUACGGCUGAACCCUGUCCGGUUGGCGGUUUGCUUGCUUUUCCCUCAGAAAGAGGGAAAUGAAUAUAACGUGGACAUGGAACUCCGUGGGAUUGUUGAUGUGAAUCAGUGCAAGGUGCAAAUGUUUGGCACGAAGGUGGAAAUAACGAUGGUGAAAGCGGAACCAGGCACUUGGGCCAAGUUGGAUUUUCCUCGGGAGAAGAAAUAUACGGAUAGCAAGGCGUUAAAGACUGGGGCAGAAGACAGCAAAGGGGGCAACGAUGAUGCCAGUGAUUCCGAUGUAGACUUGGACGACUUAGAGCCCACCAUGCGCACUGCCACGUUAACUGAAAUUAAGGACUAAAUUUUUCAAAAUCUCUGCCCGUUUCCACUAAGCACUCUCCUCUUCACCAAUCGUGGUCCGGUAAUCAU